AUGAAGUUCAAAACCUAUCUCUCGAAGGAUUCGAAACUCAAGGAUACUAUUUCGACGCUCGGGUGGAGCAACAACGAGGAUGUGUACAGCUGCUGCAGCGACGAUCUCCACAAGUGGACCUCCACCAAUCGGGAGAUGGUGAAAGUGGCCAAGCUGCCCGAGGGAUUCGUUCCGACCGAUAUGCACUGGCUCUACGCGAGGGGCUCGGGUGUCGCCAGCGCUACCAUUGGUCCCGGGUCGGGCAGUAAGGGUGGCGAAAGUUUGCUGAUAUCGAGCGAAGACGGAAGGUUUGUAAUACUGAACAAAAGUGCGCGUGUCGAGCGCAAUGUUGCGGCCCACGCGGGAACGGUGGUGGCCUCUCGCUGGAGCCCCGACGGAGCCGGACUGCUGACGGCCGGCGAGGAUGGUGUCAUCAAGAUUUGGUCCCGUUCCGGUAUGCUACGGUCGACGGUCGUGCAAAACGAGGGCCAAAUUCGGUGUGCCUGCUGGGCGCCAACGGCGACGGCCAUUGCCUACAGCCAGGGAUCGUUCGUAGCGAUCAAACCGUUGGCCGCGAACAGUAAGCUGACCAAGUGGAGAGCCCACGACGGGAUGGUGCUGUGUCUGUCGUGGUCGAACAAUACGGCCCUGAUAGCGACCGGUGGCGAAGACUGUCGGUACAAGAUCUGGGACACACAGGGCACGAACGUUUACACGAGCGUGGCCGAUGACUACGCCAUAACGUCGGUUGAGUUCUGUCCGGAUGGUGAGCUGCUGGCCGUUGGAGGAUUCAACAUGGUCAAGCUUUGCCACAGCACCGGGUGGAGCCACAGCAUCGUGAGGUUCAACCAGCAAGUGAUCGGUUCCUUGUUUAAUAUCGUGUGGUCGGCGGAUGGAACACAAAUAGCGUCCUCUACCAGCACUGGGACACUGCUCUUCGGGCACAUCAUCGAACGGGAGCUGCGGAAUCGCAACCUGAAAGCGAUCACCACGGGUCGCAAAACGAUCCUACUGCAGGACAUCGUCGCGCGUACCACCGACACGCUGGACUUUUCCGAGCGAGUCAUCAAGUGGGAGCUGGGAUAUGGCCAUUUGGUCGUCGCAACGGUUCACCAGAUUCACAUUUUCAACGAGCACUACAUCAACACCCCGAUCAUCAUCGACGGGCGGAGUGAUAUUCGCAUCAUCAUGCUUGGCAGAAAAAACUUCCUCCUAGUUGACCAUUCCUCCAUUUGGAUUUACACGUACUCCGGGCGGCUGCACUUGAACCCUCGGUACCCGGGAUCACAGGCCCAGAUCGCGCAUCUCAACAGUCGCUGUAUUUCUCUCGGAAUGGACUCGCUAGCGGUGCGUGAUCACUCCGAU